AUGAGUGAUAAUGACACCUCAGAGUUUUGCCCCCUGGAAACGGUUGAUGACUUCAACAACUCCACCAAUACGACCAAUUUCGCCUACGGCUUGGGUGCAAACAUUGUUGCAGUGCUGUUGUACGGGAGCAGCGCUGUUCCCGUCAAGAAAAUAGAGACGGGGGACGGUGUGUUCUUUUACUGGGUAAGCUGUGCAGCAAUAUGGGUUGUAUCCAUGCUUGGAGACUUGGUGCUUCAGUCUCCAAAAUUCUACCCUCUUGCAAUGCUUGGAGGUGCCAUCUGGGCUACAGGGAAUAUCGCAGUUGUCACCAUUAUCAAGGCGAUUGGCCUUAGUCUUGGAAUUUUAAUUUGGGGAUCCUUCAGUCUGUUGAUGGGCUGGACCAGUUCAAGAUUUGGAUGGUUUGGGAUUGCAGUUCAGGAUGUUCCCAGGCCACUAUUGAAUUAUUGUGGAGCUGGAUUGUGCUUGCUCAGUGGCCUGAUCUUUUUCUUUGUGAAAACUGAUGUGCAGUUGCAUCCAAAGAAAGAAUCUAUUCCCUUGCUUAUUGACCGAAUGACCAAUUCAGGCAGUUAUCGUCCACGAUCCUCUGAAUUCUGGAUAGAUGCUAUUGGAACAAAGAAUAGGCGGUUCAUUGGCUGCCUGCUUGCUGUUGUGGUGGGCCUGUUAUACGGUUUCUGCUUUGUACCUAUUCUCUACAUACAGAACCAUUCAACAUGCAAAGGCAGCAUAUUCUAUGGCGCUAGCGUCUAUGAUAUUGAUUAUGUCUAUGCACAGAAUUGUGGCAUUUUUGUGGCAAGCACCACAUACUUUACCAUCUACUGUGCUGUAAUGAAUAGCAAACCCAGGAUUUAUUCCAGAGCCAUCCUACCAGGAUUUCUGUCUGGACUGAUGUGGUCGUUGGGAACAUACUGCUGGUUUCUGGCCAAUAACUACCUGAACUCUCUUAUUACCUAUCCCAUUGUCACUGCAGGCUAUGGAGUGGUUGCAGCACUGUGGGGAUCUUUGGUGUUUCAAGAGAUCAAGGGCUUCACAAACUGCUCCAUCUUCUUGCUGGCGGCCUGUGUGGGGAUGACCGGCACAUUUCUGUCUGCAUUUUCAAAGUUCUGA